AAGUUGUAACACUCCUAUAUAUAUCGUCGAAGCUGCAUUCCCUAGUAUGCACUUCAGCUCUCCUUCAGUUUAAUUACCACUCCAUACCCACAAACUCAUAAACAUGAAUCCUAAGAAACCAAACUGCUCUCCGAAAAUCCAUGCUCUCGCAUUCAUCCUCUAUCAAAUAGCCACUGCUGCUACUGCAAUUACUGCUUUCAGUCUUACCAAUGAAACGGACUACCACGCACUGCUUGCCUUCAAAGGUGAAAUAGCCUCUGACUCAUCCGAUGCUCUCAGCUCUUGGAACGAUUCAAUUCACUUCUGUGCUUGGACCGGAGUUAUAUGCGGUAAGAAGCAUCAGCGUGUGACCCAACUUUUGUUGCCAUCGCUUCAACUGGUGGGUCCUCUAUCUCCUUAUAUCUGGAAUCUUACCUUCCUAAGAGUCCUUGACCUCGAUGAUAAUCAUUUGAAAGGGGUACUGCCCGAAGAGAUCGGCCAAUUGUCGAGGCUACAAAAUCUUGCUCUAAGCAACAAUUCCUUUGAAGGAGAGCUGCCAAGAAAUCUUACCAAUUGUGCAGACCUCAGGGGCCUAUAUUUGUAUGGCAAUAAUCUUAGGGGACAAAUCCCAGACGAGCUGGGUUCUCUGAUGAAGCUCACCGAGUUAGAGCUCUCUUCAAAUAGCUUCACCGGUGAAAUCCCUUCUGUACUGGGGAAUCUUUCCACUCUCACCGGACUUGAUCUAAGCCAAAAUCCCCUUCGAGGAAGCAUACCUCCGCAACUUGGAUAUCUCUCCAAAUUAGAAUUUCUUCAGUUAGGACUUAACAAUCUUUCUGGCCAUAUUCCCCCCUCUCUCUACAAUAUCUCAUCCAUUCAAACCUUUGCACUUGCAGAGAACAAUCUAAGUGGGUCCCUUCCUUCUUAUCUCUUCCUAGCUUUUCCGGAACUAGAAGGGCUGUAUCUCGGUGGUAAUAAAUUCUCAGGAUUGGUUCCGAGCUCAAUAGCCAAUGCUUCUCGAGCUGUAAUGAUCUUUUUUGCUAAGAACGCCCUUGUAGGACCAGUCCCUUCGGACUUGGGAGGCCUUACGAAUUUGCAACGGUUUAAUCUUGAAGAAAACAAUCUAGGAACUGAAGAGGGAGAUGAUUUGAGCUUUCUUACCUCCUUAACCAACUGCAGCAAACUACAAGAAUUGUCUGUUGAUAACAAUAGGCUCAAGGGUGUCUUGCCUGAUUCUGUUGCAAACUUAUCGUCCACUUUGAGAGCAUUUACUGUAUAUAGAAACUUCAUAUCAGGAAGUAUACCUUCUGGGAUAGGGAACCUCGUAAAUUUGCAGUUUCUCGCACUGGGUGAAAACAUGCUUACUGGGAGAAUCCCUAGCUCGAUCGUCAAAUUGUCAGAGUUGCAGCAACUCUACCUCAAUCAGAAUAAUCUCUCAGGAAUGAUUCCGUCCACCCUUGGCAACAUGACUUCACUCUCUGAACUCGUCCUUGAAUACAAUCGACUGGAGGGAACAAUACCGGCUUCUCUAGGGGACUGCACACACCUGAGUUUACUAGAUAUUGAUGAGAAUCUCUUAGUUGGUGUGAUGCCCCCAGAACUCUUUGGCGUUUCUUCAAUCUUAUUUCUAUCAUUAGCGGGAAACCAUUUCACAGGUCCGAUUCCAUCCCUGGUUGGUAAUCUGGCAAAUCUCCAGAGGUUAGAUGUUUCAGAGAAUAACAUGUCAGGAGAAAUUCCAUCCACUUUAGGUGAUUGUCUGGUGCUGGAAUACCUCUAUUUGGGAGGUAACCGAUUCAGUGGAACCAUUCCGCCUUCUAUGUCGAAUCUACGCAGUCUGACUGUACUGGAUCUUUCUCGAAACAACUUUUCGGGCCAAAUUCCGGGAUUUCUAACUGACAUCCGUUUCAUUGAGAGUCUAAAUCUGUCCUUCAAUAAGUUCGAGGGCGAAGUCCCAAACAGAGGAAUCUUUCGUAACCUUACUGCGGUUUCCGUUGUUGGAAACAUUGGCCUCUGCGGGGGACCUCCCUCCUUGCAAUUGCCGAACUGUAAAGAGAGAGCAACAUCUCAGAGGAUAGUUUUGGUGAUCACUGUCCCAAUCUCCAUUUUCUCCCUAUUAGUAGGCAUCAUUGCCAUAAUUCUUUAUCGUUCAAAAAGGUCGAAAAGCGGAACUGCCUCCCCUUCUUCAACUGAGGAUCAACACCCUAAGCUGUCAUACGGUGAACUUUCACGAGCAACAAAUGGUUUCUCUCCUACUAACAUGAUUGGUGAAGGAAGCUUCGGUGCAGUCUACAAAGGCGUUCUAUCCAGCAACGGACAAAAUGUAGCAGUGAAGGUUCUCAAACUUGAAGAGCUGGGAGCAGGAAGGAGCUUCAUGGCAGAGUGUGCGGCAUUGAGGAACAUUCGGCAUCGGAACCUUGUCAAGAUCAUCACUUCUUGCUCGGGCGUCGACUUCCGGGGAGAAGACUUCAAGGCUCUAGUGUUUGAGUUCAUGCCCAAUGGGAGCCUCGAUAAGUGGCUGCACCCAGUCCCGGAUGAGAUAGGAGGACCUGAGGAUAACACAAGGUUAAGUGUGACUCAGAGGCUGAACGUAGCCGUUGAUGUGGCCACGGCAGUGGUCUAUCUCCACCAUCAAUGCCAAACACCGAUAGUUCACUCUGACUUGAAGCCGAGUAAUGUUCUUCUCGACGGUGAUUUUUCGGCUCAUGUAAGUGAUUUUGGUUUAUCAAAGUUUCUCAAGGUCAAAGCAUCGGGAACACAGAGUAGUUCGAUCGGGAUUAGAGGAACUAUCGGCUAUGUUGCACCAGAAUAUGGUGUUGGCGGGGAGGUGUCGACACGAGGGGACACUUACAGCUUUGGGAUUCUCUUGCUGGAACUGUUCACAGGGAAGAGACCAACUGAUCCCAUGUUCAGUGUCGAGUUUGACCUCCGCGGAUUUGUUGAGAGAUCUAUUCCUGAUGGGUUGAAUCAUGUGCUAGACCCAUUGCUUUUCUUAGGGAGAGUGCAAGGAAACCUCCAGCAGUGCUUGCUUAAGGUCCUCAGAGUUGGGCUCAUGUGCUCAGCUGCGCAACCAAAUGAGAGGAUGAACAUUGGAGAAGCGGCUGCAGAAUUGCAAAAGGCCCGGGAUGUUCUUCAAGUUCGUAGGAGGAGAAACAGAGCGUGAAAGUUAUGGGCUCGAUAUAUAAUUAGAAUGUAUCAAUCCGUCACUUGUUUGUAGAUCUCUUUCGUGUACUGCACUUAAUGCUACUUUAAGCUUGUAAGUUUGGUGUCUGCAGAAGAUAUUUAAUUUUGACCCUGUCCUUUAUAUAAGAGAAAUAUCGAGUUUGAUGUUCAUAGGAAGAAAUAGCUUCAACAUACACAUAUUCUGCUCCACAAACAUUAAGAG